ACCAUCAUAACAAAUGCAGUUUUUACCGUCGCGCUCGACGACAUGCUCGAUGUUUUGGUCUUGGUAGUUAUGGAUAUUAGCGUAUGUCAUUAGAACCAAAACUGUUAGUCCGUUUAGUCAACUGUUUGGUGAAUCAUGUUCGUUUGCGAAGGUUUAGAAAAGUAUCAUAAUGUUUAAAUUAAUUGUGAUUUGUAUUUUGGUGCCAUGUGUAUUGGCUGCAUACGACAAUUUACAGUUACCCGAUAACCCUGUAUAUUAUAACGACUACAGUCGUCAGUGCCAUGUACCCGUGAAGUGUGCCAGCGACCGAAGGUGUCCUGAAGUUUACGAUUGGAAAGAUUUGGAGCGUUGGGCCCAACAGGAAGCAAAUGUGCAGUUUAAGCGAGAUUUAGGCUACGAAUAUAAACCGUGCUACCUAAUUGGCGAAAAUGAAUUCGAUUUCAACAUGUUCUUUACUCGAGCAUUGAGCAAUGAGCAGGAGAUUGGUGUCAAAAACACGAUGGCCACAGAUAUUUUGCUGGAAUAUUUAGCGAAUACUUAUGGAAAGUGCACUGUUAGAAAUCUCUUGGAAGGUCGAUGCCCAAAAGUGAAUCAGUCACUGUCACUGGAUGAGUGUCAGAAGAAGCCACUUUCCAAGUGUGAUCCUACGUAUCCGUACCGCUCAUACGAUGGACAUUGCAACAACUUGCAGCAUGCUUCCUGGGGGCAGGCCGGUAAUCCCUUCAAGAUCGAAAUUGCAACAUGCUACGAUGACUUCGUGUCGAAGCGACGUUUAAGUGCAUCUGGACGUGCUCUACCCAACAACAGAGCGGUUAUAAGUGACAUGCAACGAGUGGUCAAGAAUAUUCCCCCCGAUUCAGGAAACUUGUUCAGCUUGUUUGGCUUACUGUUUUGUGAAACCAUUAACACCGACAUGGUUGGACGAGCGAUGAAACGUGUUCGUAAUGCUACAACUGGGUUCCGUGGAUGCCGUGCAGAUGGAAGCGGAGUAUCCGACUGUAGAACUCCUUUUACUUGCCCGAUGAGCGUGCCGUCGGAUGAUCCGAACUAUGGACCGCUGCGUGUUGAAUGUUUGAAUUUCAGUCCAAUUGAAAAAUCCAACGAUCAGUGCGAUAUUAGAUACCCGUUAAAGCGAAACAUUGGUAGCAGUUACCUAGAUCUUUCGUCAGUGUAUGGGGACGGUAACUACGACAGUGAAGGGAAAAUUAUCGAAUCUUUUUGUAAAGCUUCCUCCAACUUCGAUAGUAACAAAGUACUCUCGAUACAAUUUUUGGCUGUGACAGGCUUGUUUACACAGCUGCAUAACUAUUGUGUUGAUAGAGUCAAGUUAUGUGGUAAGCCUCGAAAGAAAGAAGAAAUCAUAGAAACAUGUCGCUCACUGACCAUUGGCGUAUAUCAACGCAUCAUCUACGAAGAAGUUCUUCCAGUUCUAUUUGGAAAUUUCUAUAGUCAAUGCAAUUUCGAUUGCGAAUAUGACGAGAACCUGGAAUCUACUAUAUCACAGUCGUACGUCGGUGGUCCAGGUCGUUUCCAACAUGUAUGGGUACCAGAAAACGUUACAAUGGUACAAGGUACCGAACGCGUUAGUAAACCUUUCUUUGAAUAUUUCCUCAACUACGAGACGUUCAAUUGUGCAGGGGUAUUGAAGGGGAUGCUUGAAGACCCUAUUCAUACAGGCACUCUGUCCAAUUCGUUGAUCAACACAUUUUUCUCGAAAGACGGAAAACUAGGACAUUGUUUGUUGUGCCUUGAUAUGGAAAGAGGUCGGGAUGCUGGAUUGUGCCCUUUGAUUUUGUACAAACAUUUCUUUGACAAGAUUGCUGGACAUCCUACGAAAUGCUAUAGCUCUUUCGAAGACUUGAACGAUAUGUUUGAUGCGGAGGUCAUUGAAGUUUUCAAAAGGCAUUACGAAAGCCCAUUUGAUAUCGACGUGAUUUUUUCGCUAUUUGAGAAAGAUCAAGAAGACCAAACAAUCCUACUUCCGCAAACAGUGGCAACAGUGACUUGCUUGCAGUACAAGAGAUUAAAGUGCAGUGAUCGGUUUUUCUACAGUUGGAAUAAGUUUUACUCUCCUGCCUUAAAAGAACUGAUCCACUCGAUAGAUAUGCCAACCCUUCUGGCACUGUUCGGCGGCAUGGAAGAGGUUCCUAUCGACCCCUGGCAUUUUCAAUCUGAUAAAGUGCCAGCACAACAGUUAAAAAAUAAAAUUAAAAGGAAGUUGGAUCUUUUCGGCAGCUUAUAAGUGGUAUAUACAAAUUAGCAAGAUUUCUAUCAACUGAACUUUACACAUUUAAACUUAUAUAGCAAAAUUCAAAAUAAACU